GAGGAGAGGCCCAGGUAGAGGAAGAGGAGAAGGAGGUAGAGGAGGAGGCCCAGGUAGAGGAAGAGGAGAAGAAGGAGAUAGAGGAAGAGGUAGAGAAGGACUUGAAGAGUUGAUAGAACCUGAACAAAGAAGACAAGGACCAAAUUUGACUCAAGAAAUCCAUGCAACACUUACUGACCAUGUUAUCAACCAUGGACUGACACUGAUGGAAGCUGGACAAAGAGUUCAACCAAAUCUCAGCAGAAAUACUGUUGCGUCAGUAAUUCGGACAUUUCAUCGAGAAAACAGGAUUGAGGGUCGAGGACACCAAGGUAUGUUCACUCGUGCACAAGAGGCCGCCAUUGUGAACAUGGUUUUGGCCAAUAAUUGUAUCAGGCUACGAGAAAUCCAAGCCAGUAUCAUCAAUGAUGACAAUAUUUUCAAUAACAUCCAACGAGUCUCUCUGUCGACAUUAGGUCGAAUCCUCAAGAAAAAUCAAAUAUACAUGAAGCAACUGUAUCAGGUACCAUUUGACAGAAAUUCAGAGAGAGUGAAACAUCUGUGCAAUGAGUAUGUGGAGAGAGUCCUGCAAAUGGAUGCUGCAGAAAUUCAACAUGAAUUUAUAUAUGUGGAUGAGGCUGGAUUUAACCUUGUGAAAACAAGAAGAGUGAGAAAUGUAAUUGGAUACAGGGCAAUCACCAAUGUGCCAGGGCAGCGAGGGGAUAACAUCACCCUUUGCGCUGCUAUUACACAAAAUAGGGUCCUCCACCACCAUGCAAAUCUGGGACCCUAUAAUGGAAAUCUAAUACUUCCAUUUCUUGACAGAUUGCAUGAGAUUGUCACAGCAUUAAACCAAGUGGACCAGAUGCAUUACAUUGUCGUUUGGGACAAUGUCUCAUUUCAUCGGGUUGCUCUGGUCCAGAACUGGUUCCAUGAUCACCCUGAUUUUGAAGUUUUAUACCUUCCCCCAUACUCCCCCUUCCUGAAUCCUAUAGAAGAAUUUUUUUCAGCGUGGCAGUGGAAGGUAUAUGACCUGCGGCCUUAUGACCAUUUGCCCCUCAUUCAGGCCAUGGAGCAGGCCUGUGAUCAUAUCGAAGCAGCUUCUGUGCAGGGGUGGAUUCGUCACACGAGGCGAUUCUUCCAAAGGUGCCUUGCCAAUGAAGACACAGCCUGUGAUGUGGAUGAAAUCUUAUGGCCUGAUUCAGCCAGACGGAGAGAUGAUGAAUGCAGUGUGAAACUGGCUGCAAUAGUGUCUGAUCAUUGA